AUGUCCCAUAAAAGCGCCGCGUAUCUUCUCCAGCUAAUGCGCGGCAACAUGGGUUCUGUGUCCGACGGGCAGUUUGAGGAUAUCAUAAAAUCCCUUAAUGUGGAAGAAUCCGCAAAGUCCAUUGCUGAAAAAGUGACAAUGAUGCUUGGAGAGCCGCCGGUGAUGGCCGAAGAAUAUUCCAGCGAAACAUCCGAGGCCCAAGCAGAGGUCAGUAGUCGUAUCGAGAGAAUCUACAAAAGAGGAGGGUCAAACCUUAAAGCUCAAUUCUUCUUGGAUAAACAUCUAGACUACGUUGAGCACAAUCUUCACACUCCGCUUCCCAGUCCAUAUGUGGUUCUAGAUGCCAACCAUGGGUGGAUGUUGUACUGGUUGCUCAACUCGUAUGCUGUUAUGAACCAUGAGAUUGACGAAAAAACCAAAAGUCUUGUCAAAGACAAAAUUCGUCGUCAUAUCGUCGACGAUGGCCGUGGAGGUAUAGGCAGCGGAGUGGGCCAAAUCGGCCAUUGUGCCUCUACCUAUGCUUCAGUGUUGGCGUUGGUACUUGUAGAAGACUGGGAGACGCUUUUGGAGAUCCGAAAUAACCUUUACAAGUGGUUUAUGUCGUUGAAGCAGCCGGAUGGUUCGUUCAUAAUGCACAAAAAUGGUGAAAGCGAUACCCGUUCAACCUACUGUGUUUUGGUCGUGGCUUCGCUAUUGGACAUACUAACGCCUGAGCUCUCGCACAACACUCUCGGGUGGGUUUCUAGUUGCCAAACCUACGAAGGAGGGUUCGCUGGAUGUCCAAAUACCGAGGCUCAUGGCGGGUACCUGUACUGUGCCUUGGCAAGUUACUUUCUAGUUUUGAGCCAAACGCCCACAAAUGAUGAUUUUGAUAUCAAUUCGUUCACCAGAUGGUCGGUGAUGCGCCAGCACCAGUUGGAAGGGGGCCUUUCAGGCAGAACUGGCAAGUUGGUGGACGGCUGCUACAGCUACUGGGUGGGUGCAACAUUUCCCUUGCUUGAAGCCAUCACUAGUUUCCAUCCGCUCUUUGAUAGAGAAGCCUUAGAGGUGUAUAUACUAAAGUGCUGUCAGCUCGAACUGGGUGGCUUUCGUGAUAAACCUGGAAAACUGGUGGACUUUUAUCACACCAACUAUGUGCUUUCUGGUUUGAGCAUAGCACAACAUGAGUACUUUUUAAAGGAAGAAACAGAUGAAAACACCACUGAAGAUACAAUAGCUUAUAGAUUGGCUGCAAAUGAGAACCCACAAGCUUAUACCGUCGCCGUGCAUCCAGUCAUUGGUAUUCCCAUAGACGCUGUGGAGAAAUGCCGAAAAAUUAUGAGAAAAAAGAAGGAAGAAUGA